UGACACUGGUCCUAGGGCAUGUGUUCUUUGAUCUUUACGUAAUCUUAUCCUUGCGUAAUCUUAUCCUUGCAUAAUUUUAUCCUUGCAUAAUUUUAUCCUUGCGUAAUCUUUUAUGGAGAUUUGGAUAGGGAGCAGAGCAGUGUUUUGUUUGAAGCUGGACUAUAGGCGAGGAAGGAUUUCUCCUCUCUGUCUCUCUGCAUCCUGUUUGUUGUCCUUACAUUGGAGAGACUAUUACUGUACUGUACUGACUAAAACGAGGUGAAAAUUAUAAACAGACGUGUCUGAUUUGGCAGCGGCUGGAUUUCAUUUCAGAGAAUGAUUGAGGAUGGCUAAAUCUGAUCUGACGUUAAGACCUCAAUUAAGCGAUGCCAGGGAUUCCACCAGCUGCUGCUCCAUGCUGUGUAGGAAGAGAACCAUAAUACAGGAAGUUCCUCUCCUUUAAUAACAACACACCGACCGUCUCCUAGCAUGUUGCUUCCAUGCAGAGCAGGCGCCCUGCCGGAGCCUUCCCCCUCUGCCUCUCUCUCUCUCAGCCUGAGGAGGAUCCAGGUUCGAUGGGCCUUGUACCUCUUCCUCUCCCUGGCCCUCCUCUGGUUCCCGUCUGGGGCGGUAGCCUCAACCCUCAACUGCCACAAGACCUGCAUCUGUGCCAGUAAUAUCGUGAGCUGUUCCAAGAUGAACCUGACCACGGUGCCCACUGGCCUGCCUCUCUACACGGCCGUCCUGGACCUCAGCUACAACGACGUCUCCCGGCUGAGGGCUGAGUGGACCAUGGUGAAACUCACCAAACUCCACAACCUCCUACUCAGUCACAACGGCCUUCACUUCCUCUCCUCUGAGGCCUUCGUCUACGUCAAACACCUGCGCUACCUGGACCUGUCCUCCAACAACCUGCGACAGCUGGACGAGUUCAUCUUUGAGCCGCUGGGGCAGCUGGAGGUGCUGUUGCUGUACAACAAUCGUAUAUCUCAGAUUGACCACUCAGCCUUCCAGGGUCUCCACAGCCUGCAGAAACUCUACCUGUCCCAGAACAUGAUCUCACGCUUCCCCCUGGAACUGGUCAAAGACAAGACCCGCCUGGAGAAACUCAGCCUGAUGGACAUCUCCUCCAACAGGAUCAAGGUACCCCCCAUCAAGGAGCUGCAGGUGCUGCCUGCCUGGAUAAAGAACGGCCUCUACUUCCACAACAACCCUCUGAUCUGUGACUGUAGCCUAUAUAGUCUCCUGGCCCACUGGCACAUCCUCCGGCUCAACUCAGCCCUGGACUUUAAAGAUGAGUACAGCUGCUAUCUCCCCGGGUCCCAGAAAAGCAGGGUGGGGGUCUUCGACCUCAACAGAGACUACAUGAACUGUAGUACGUUCUACGAGGCGGACGAGGAAGCUUGGCUGGAACAGACGCUGAUCUUGCGCUGUGAUACUAAACACAGAGAUCUGUCUAAGACCUGGGUGAUGCCUGGUGAUGUAGUGGUGACGGAAGGCCUUAACCAGACAGCCAAGGUGCUUCCUGACGGUAGUCUCCAGAUCGGCCCGGUGAAGUCGGACGACUCGGGGACGUACACAUGCUACGCUGUGAGCGAAGCCCUCAACGAGACGAUCUACGUGCUGCUCAAGGUGCAUAACUUCACGGAGAAGGGAAAUGGCGAGAACCUGAGUACGGCCUACACCACCCUGGUGGGCUGCGUGACCAGUUUGGUCCUAGUGUUCAUCUACCUGUACCUGACCCCCUGCCGAUGCUUCUGCUGCCCCAAGAACAACCACCAGGACUCCUUCCACUCCUCCAUGCUCAGCCAGGAAGACUUGGCCAACAACACAGACCCAAGGCACGUGGCCUUCAUCGACCCCAAGGAGCUUGGGCAGAACGGGAAAGUGAACCCCAGCGAUAUGGGGGGGGACCAGGGAGAGAUGGAUGAGGAGGGAGGAUUACUGGGGAAGGGAAGGAGGAAGAAGUCUGUGGCUGAGUCUAUUAGUUUGGUCUUCUCUGACACCCCCAUAGUGGUCUGAGAUGGUACGGAGCGGAGAGCUCGGUGUACGCUGUGACGUGAUUGGAUGGAUCAGUGAUGUAUGUGGUGUGAUUGGAUGAAACUGUGAAUACUUCCUGGAGGUGGGAACUUGGACAGAAAGCCAAUCACAGUUCCCCAAAUUGACCAAACCGACCAAUGAGAAGCUUCAGGGGAGUGUUAAACACAUUGCCUUGGUAUUAACAAGGACAAUUGACAAUAGUCAGGACCGUUCCAGCAUUUAAUUUGUAGCACUUAAAUAUACAGUACAUACUGUGAAAGCUUGACAGAGUAGUGUAGGAGGACACUAUUCCUUCCUGUGAUACAGUAAUGAUGGAAGAGGAUAUCAUGUUUGGACAGUAUCAGUACUCAGGAAGACAUUGCCUGGUGGAGAUACAGAGAAUAUGAGACGUGCACCAUUUUAAACAUUUAAAGAAAGGAUAUAAAAUAGAAAUGAACACGUUUGGGAAAAUAAAUUGUUCAUACAUAUGACAUAAUCAAAGUCAUGAACAUGAGCCUUGUAGACUGACUCCUAUUUCUAUUUACUGAUUGGAAGUAGACUAGCGGGGGCGUCUUCUGUACACGUUAGUACGUACACACGGAAGCUAUACCCAUAGAAAUGGAAUGACUUUAUAUUACUUCCUGACAUGGGUACAUUCAAUAUGGCCGUCAGUCCACCCAUCAUAGAACAUUGACUUGGAUAGGAAUGUCUAUUCCAGUAAUUCUAUUUCUAUGUAUAUACCCCUCCACCCCGACCGACAGGCCGACCGACAGACAGACCGACAGGCCGACAGACUGACCGACAGACCGACAGACUGACCGACAGACAGACCGAUAGACAGACGUCUUCAGAGUUGGCCAAACUCUCUAUUAUGUUUGCUACCAGCAGGUCAUGAAUAAUCGUUACCAGUGAGUCAUACUGAAGAGGAGCAACAUGUUAUCAAUAAGCGUCACCUUACGGCCCACAGACCAGACAGAGUGGGAACCAGGAAAUGUGACUUCUAUUCUACUCCCUCAUAGUUAGGUCAGAUAGUUAUUUAGUCAUAAUGAGAUAGCAACAGAGCACAAUAGUGGAAUAGAAGGUCAUUGUGGUUCACUUGAUACUUGAUUUAAUUAUGAAUAGGUCAACUACUGUACGAAGACUUCACCCUUGUUAAGUCAAAGCUUGUUACUCUAAAAUGUUGAUGCACAAAUUUGUUUCCAUCCUUUUAGUUAGCAUUUCUCCUUUGCCAAAAUAAUUAUCUAAAAUGGAGAAUUAUAAUCAUUGUUAGGAAGAAGAAACAGUGCUAUUUAUUUUAUUUUAUUGUUGCUAUGUUUUAAGAGGCCAGUCACUAAGAGAUGAGAUAUUAUACUGAAUAUAUAUAUAUAUAUAUAUAUAUAUAUAAAAACACAAAAUGUAAAGUGUUGGCCCCUGUGUUUCAUGAGCUCAAAUAAAAUGUUCCAUAAGAACAGAAUGCUUGUUUCUCUAAAA